AUGGCACGCAUCGUACCGAGCACUCCUGAAGGCGCUGAGAACAACGGCCACGCGUGGCGAGCGGCCAGGAUUCUCGAAAUCGGUCGCCGGAUGGGCGGCCCCCGCGCCAUGUACGAAGAAGUCAUCGAACAAAUUCCGGGCCUUGGUCUUCUCGUCCCUCACCUCGAGAGCCAUUUCAUGUGCCCUGGUGACCCAAACGACAUGAAGGAGCAUCUCAUUGUGCUACGAGUCUUCGACUUCUUCAUACGCCCGAGAUUAGACAGCCUGCACUCCCAAUUCAGCACCCGUACAUGGAAAUCGGUCACAGAAGCCGGCGUCGUGGAGUUAUUUCUCGAUAUCGUCGGACACGAGGGUUUUCUGAAGGAACACGUCAGAGUGGCGAAGGAGGUCUUGUUUGAUCUUAUGACCAUCAUCGCUCGGGCAAACCAACACAAAGACAAGACUGUUAUCGACGCGAUCCUUUCCAGGACACGCAGCGUCUGGAAAGCAUUCUGGGAGUCGCGUCAUCUCAUGCACCCAUAUUCGCGAACUGAGAACGCCACCGGCGUGGAUCGCGACCGCCCGGAGAAGUACAAGGAUUUCAUUACCGCGGUACUAUCUGUUUGGAACAACGUCUAUCUCAACCGGCACUCGAAAUCCGCACCCGCCGACAUAUAUGUUCCACAUGUAUCUCUGGCGCUCUGGAUGCGCAAUCAGCACCCUGACCUUGUUCAAAGCGCCACGUUAGCUCUGAAGGGGCUAGAUGGUCUUGAUAAAAGGUCUUACGAGGGCUUCGCACGGGAAGCGAUUAUCGAGGGAGUAGGGCUCGAGGCGUAUCUUAAGCGUUUGGAUCUGGACAUCAGUCGUCUACGUCGUCCCGAACAGAUGCGGAUUGAGGAUUACACAACCUGGCGUCGCUGGACCUGGAUUAUGACCGCGUCGAGUGUGUUGCCUCAUCUCAUCGCUCAUGGAACGUUGGACUCUCUGAUCGACCUGUACGUUGAACUGGCCAAGAACUCCGAACGUAUCGAAGAAAGCGACUGCGUGUGGUAUUGUGUCUCGCGUGUAUUCAGUAAAGCCUUCGAAGCCCAUUGGAUUACCCGCAUCGAACGGAGGGAUGCUUUGCCACUCGUUGCCCUCCGGGGCGAAGACCUCAUCACCAUCUUCUCUAAGGGUCUGCAUCAGGUAGCUAGACCUGGCUGCCAGGAUCGAACGGAACUCAUCGCUCGUCUCUGUGAAGAUCUCAUUCGCGCCGAGAAUGUCUUCCAACAGCUUCGUUCAACAAAGUCAACGCGCUUCAAGCCCGAAGCACGUGCGUUCUACGAUAAGUGUCUCAACAUUGCACCCGAACAUUGGUACGCCGCUCUCAGCGCGGUGGACACGGCAGGGUAUCGCCAGGUCAUCUCCAAGGACCACUGCGAAACCCUCAUCGGAUGGUGGGAAACGUUCGGCGUAUCCCUCGGCCUUCAUCGUGACAAGGAGCGAAAGCGACUUGAACAGCUCAAGCGCCUCUACUGCGGGUGGCACCGCUGCGAGCAUCACUCCGUGAAGCCAGAGGGGUCGCUCAGAAAGUGCGCGGGCUGCAACGACGUUCGAUACUGCACUAGGGAGUGCCAGGUUGCCGACUGGAAGGACGGGCAGCAUCAGAAUGUGUGUGGGAAGAGGUUGAAGGCAAGCUGA